GUGCAUGCUUGCCUAAUUCCAUCCCACUCUUCCACAGUUCCCUGAUGCUGCCGGUCAAGAGGGUGUGGGGGUGUGGACCUAACAUUUCGUCCGGCCGAUCUCCACGUCAAAGUCGUCGCUUCCGUUCCGUUCUUCUUCCACUCCACUCCACAUCACUGAUCGAGAUCGUACUCAAUGCUCUAGUACUAGUAAACUCCACGAGCACGCUGCCACACGCAAGAAUCGAAGCUCUUCUCUCCUCGAUGCCAAUGCCAGGGUCUUCCUCCGUGACACUCGCCCACCUCCUGGUGUCCGCCUUGUGCUGCGCCAUCCUCCUCUGCGCCGACGCGUCGGUGCACGACUAUACCGGCGAGCGGUUCGCCGGCCUCGGCAACGCCUUCGUCCUCAAUGGCGGCAGCGAGGGUGUCUACGCCUCCCCCGCCGCGGACUCUUUCAUCCGAUUCGAGAAGGUCGCGUUUAAGAGGACGCCGGAGUCCGCUGCCGCGGCCGGGAAGGACGGCAACCUCACGGCCACAAUCACGGCGGUCAUCUUCGAGGCCGCGGACCGCGGCGCGGUCGGGGGCUCUGACGUCGUCGCCGCCGGCGCUCGCGCGCUCUGCUGCACGCCGGACAUGGCGAAGCGGGGCGCGUGCACCGAGGGGUCGCUAGUUUACCGCGCGCCCAACAGCACUGCCGCCGCGGGCUGGCCCAGGGUGCUCGCCGCCUCCUUUUUGCCGGGUGCCCUCGAGGCCAUCUUCCCUGACCAGACCGUCGCCGUUGCGCGGACCGGCAUGUACAGCCUGCGCUUCGUGCACUGCGACGCGUCCCUCGACGUGGCCGCGGAGGGCAAGACCAUAUGGAAGAACAGCCGCGGCUACGGCUACCUUCCCGGCCGGAUGGCCCCGCUCCUGGCCUUCUACGGAGUCAUGUCGCUGGCGUUCGUCGCCCUCGCCGCGUUCUGGUUCCUGCGGUACGCCCGGUUCUGGCGGGAGGUGGUGCCGCUCCAGAAUUUCGUGACGGUAGUCAUCGCGCUCGGGAUGGUGGAGGUGACCACGUGGUACUUGGACCUCGCCGAGUUCAGCGAGUCCGGAGUCCGGCCGGCGGGGACGACCUUCUGGGCGGCCACGUCCGGGGCAGUGCGCCGCACGGUGUCGCGCGUGCUGGUGCUCCUCGUCGCCAAGGGGUACGGCGUGGUGCGGCCCACUCUGGGAGGAGGCGCCAGCGCCGGCGCCAGGGUGGCCGGGCUCGGCGCGGUGUUCUUGGCGGCGUCCGAGGCCCUCGAGGUCAGCGAGCACGUCGGGGCCGUGAGCGACCACGACCACUCGCCGACGAGGAGGCUCUUCCUGGUGCUCACCGUGGCUGCCCUCGACGCGGUGUUCAUCUGCUGGAUAUUCAGCGCGCUGUCGCGGACCAUCAGCAAGCUCAAGGCGAGACGGAUGACGGCGAAGGUGGAGACGUACCGGAGGCUGGCAACCUCGCUGACGAUCGCCGUGGCGGUGUCCCUGGGCUGGAUCGCGUUCGAGGUCCACUUCAAGUCGACGGACGGGUACCAGAGCGAGCGGUGGCGCGUGGCGUGGGUGAUCCCGGCGGUGUGGCAGCUCAUCUCCUUCGCGCUCCUCUGCGCCGUCUGCCUCGUGUGGGCGCCAUCCCACGAUUCAGCGAGGCUCGCGUGCUCGGACGAGGCCGGCGACGACGACGACGGCGACGACGUGGAGGACGGCGCGCGGCCGCUGAUGCUCAGGACUGGGCCGCUCUCGUACGUGGAGAACUGGGCGUGCUACGUGACGCAGGACGCCAAGAUCAUCCUCAGGACAGACUCCGGCGUGUAUGCCAAGGUCGGCGAAGAGGACAAGCGAGUCUAAUUAAGCUCCUCGGUCGCGAUCUCGUGUGCCGUAUGACUCACGUCACUAAGAACGUACAUGCAGAGCACAGGGGAUAGUGUAUAUAACACGCUAAUGUAGAGACUUAUACCCUGCCGUUGGUUUUUGUUAGGUCAUGUACAAUAAUUGAUAAGAUAGUUUUAUUUUAAAUUUUGCAUUUAAUUUAAAGAUGAUAAAAAAAGUUUACAAUGGGUCAUCUUUUAGUGUUAUUUUCAAUAACUAGCAAUUCCUAAAAAUAUGGUAAGACAUAUUGUGUUAAAAGAUCAUCUCUAGUCUUAUCUUAAAUAAGAGAAAACAAGCCUUUUUUAUGAGUUCUCUCUCCCCUACCUCAUCAUUUAUCCUACAUGGCACUUCUAAGUUGUAUCUUAAAAAUGCCACGUGAGAUAAAUGAUGAGGUGGAGAAAAGAGAAAUCAUAAGAAAAGACAUGUCUUCUCUUAUUUAAGAGAAGACAAGAGAUGAUCUCUUAACAUAAUAUGGUUUAUCAUGUUUUUAGGAAUAACUAGUCAUUAGAGAUAAGGUUAAGAGAUGACCCAUCGUAAACAUGUUUUUUUGUCAUCUCUAAAUUACAUGCAAGACUUAAGAUAAGACUAUCUUAUCAACCAUUGUACAUGCCCGUACGCUACGAAGUUCAGUUAGCAUAGCAAAGACGGAAGUACCUUUCUACA